AGAAGAUGAGAGAGCAGGCUAUGUUGAAUGUGUCACGAGGAAAGACAUCAAAUUGGGCUACAAAAUCUGUGUGACUCAAACACAGCGCUCUCUGUGUUGGAGGGAGAGGGAGGUGGAGAGGAAGAAAGACAGAGGGUCAGAGAGGGAAAUAGAAAGACAGAAGACUUCAGAGAGUAAGAUGAGGACAAUUACAUUCCUCAACUCGCUCAGGAACCAGAUAAAGAAAUCCUCCCAGCCUUCUGCCAGCACUUAUGUAAAGCUUAACGUGUAAAAGCACACUGGUGGGAGAUUCACUCUUCAGGAAGAGUACGAGUGCUGAGGAAACAUAACUGUAGCUAAGCUUUUUCGAACAGAGACACACAGCUGUUCUUCUUUUCAGUUUCUACCAAAGCACAGAAGAUCAAAAGAUUGAAAGAAAGCAAUCAAAAUACCUGACUGUGACUGUGGUUAAUCUGCUCAUUGUGAAAACAGCUGCAGGUAGUUUGUAAGAACCACUGAAGGCAUCGAUUUGCAUUACCUAACAGUACUGUACGUCCCAGCUGGUCCUGCAAGACCAUGACAUCACAUGGAAAGCUGCGGAAGGAGAAGGGGAGUCUGGCAGAGUAUGAAAAUCAAAUUAAAGAGGUGCGCAGUCAGCUCUCUGAGCAGCUGAAGGUGUUGGAUGCCCAGCUGGAACAGAAGACCCAGCAGCUGCAGGAUCUGAGUGAUUACCUGCGUCGCCGGGGAGAGAUUGAGGCCGAGUAUGCUCGCUCUCUUGAGAAGCUUAGUGAGAGGUUUACCCUGAAAACCAAAAAAAAGGAGCAGACUGACCAGUCAGUGUCUCAAUGCUGGUCGGUACUGCUAACGCAGACAAGGCAGGAGAGCCGGGACCACAGCUCGUUCAGUGAGAUCUGUAGCACCACCCUCACCCAGCGCCUGUCACACUGCAUUGAGGACACACACCGCCUGGCCAAGAAGAGUAAAGAAGUUGGUCUGCAGAUGCAAGAUGAGCUUCUAAAGGUCACCAUUGAGCUGCAGACGGCCUUAAAGACCUAUCACCAAUAUCACACCGAGUGUCUUGCUGCCGAGGGGAAGCUUAAAGAAGCCACACGACUGGAAGAGAGACAGACUGGCAAAGCUUCAGACCUCGGUCUCGGUCAGUCAGUAGGGCAGAGGCGUAGCUCUGUGAAGAAGAUAGAAAGGCUGAUGGAGAAGCGUCAAGGGAAGGUACAAGAGACUCAGCUGAAGUGCACUAAAGCUCGCAACGACUACCUGCUCAACCUAGCAGCAGUCAAUGCCGCCAUGAAUAAGUACUAUCUUGAGGAUAUAUGCACACUGAUUGAUUGCACGGAUCUUGGCUAUCAUUUGUCUGUGACGCGGGUGAUGCGCGGCUACCUGUCCAACAGAAACCGGGCCCUGCAGAACCUGAAGAACGGCCUUCAGCAGCUGGACAGUUCAGUGAGCACACUGGACCAAGGACAGGACCGGGAUGCUCUGCUGCAGGCGCACAAUGCUGUUUUCUGCCUGCCAUUUCGCUUCCAGCACCAGCCACAUGAGGGUGACCAGGUGUGUGAGGUGAGUGCAGACUGUCAGGUGAGGCACGAGAUGGAGACCAGAUACCAGCAGCUCCAGUCCAGGCUGUCCUCCGUUACCCUGGAAACAGAGGAGAUCAGUAAAACCCUCAAGGCAACAUAUGCAGCACUACUGGAUAGUAUCUCCGAUGAUGACUGUAACCCCACCCCGGACAUCUCAGCUACUCUGUCACUGGAAAGCACAGGCGAUGGUCCCAGUCCCAAGAUCAGCCUGACCAAGCGAAGAGCCAAUCAACAAGACACGGAGGCCUUUUAUUUCAAUAAAGUAAAGGAGUAUCUCAGUGGUAGCUCUUUAAUUUCCAAACUACAGGCCAAGCAUGACCUGUUGAAAGAUGCAAUACAGAAAGCUGAGGCAUUUGACAGCGAUUCCUCAAGAAUGCAGCCUGGUAAGUCAGUGCGUGUGCGGAAAACCAGGCCUUGCUCCCAGUACUACCACAAACUCUUCUCUGGAGACAUGCUCUCCUUCAUCCAGAGCUCAGGGCAGCAAAUCCCCUUAGUGGUAGAGAGCUGUAUUCGCUUCAUCAACCUCCAUGGUCUGCAUCACGAAGGCAUAUUCAGAGUGCCGGGGUCUCAGAGCGAAGUCAAUCAAAUUAGAGAUGCUUUUGAAAGAGGGGAGGACCCUCUAACUGACAGUGAGAGUGACAUUGAUUCAGUAGCAGGAGUACUAAAACUGUAUUUCAGAGACCUGGAGAAACCCCUGUUCCCUGAGGAAAGCUUUAAUGAUCUCAUGGAGUGUGUCCAGAUCGAAAACAUAGCAGAGGGUGCGGCUCAGAUAAAGAAGGUGGUCUCGUCCUUUUCCAGACCUCUCAUCAUAGUGAUGCGUUAUCUCUUCGCCUUCCUCCAUCAUGUUUCCCAAUACAGCGAUGAGAACAUGAUGCAGCCUUAUAACCUGGCUGUGUGCUUUGGACCCAGUCUGCUGAGAGGUGGUGCGGAGUCAGGCGAUGCAGUGACACUGCAGCCUCAGAUCAAUGCCCUGGUCAAGACCAUGAUUCUUCAACAUGAGAGCAUCUUUCCUGGCCCCGCUGAGUUCCCGGGCCCCAUCUAUGAGAAAUGCAUGACUCUAGAGCAGGAAUACUGUGAACCUAUUACAGAGGAGGGUGACGCAGAGGCUGAACAUGUGCCAAGUGAGGAUGAAUGGGAGGCAGUGGCUAUGUUUGACUAUGUUGCACGCUCUGCAGCUGAGCUGUCAUUCAAGCAGGGGGACCAUGUCCUACUGCACAGCAGAGCCUCUGCUGAAUGGUGGAGAGGAGAAGUGGGAGGAAUUAAAGGCCUUAUCCCUCAUAAGUACAUCAACGUGCCUGAAGGAGUGGAGCGAAAGCAGGAUCGAGGAAAAAGGGAGGAGCCUCGAGGUGGCAGCACAGGAAAUCUAACUGAUGACCAGCUGCUGGCUGAACACGGCACUCGCAUGCGAGUGAACAGUGACAGCGCAUCUCUGCCAGGGAGGCAGCGCGUCGCUAGUGGAGGAGGUGGAGGAGAUGGAGGGGGCAGUGGUGGUGCAAGUCCAGUGCGCAAGCUCACUUUACAUUUACCCGAGGGCCGACUUGUUCACCCACCAACCUCGCCUGGCAUUAGCCGCCAACUCUCAGGUCUGCAGGAACGCAGACACACUCUGGACAGCCUGAGGACGACAGGAGGAGCGCCAGAAAGACAGGCCGUGCCGACAGUUGACAAGGAAAUAACAAGGCAGAUGAACUCGGUCUUCAAAGAGCUUCUGUCCCGGCAACCUCCUCAGGACAACUUGGUCCCACAAGCUACCCCACCCUCCUCUUCUUCUAUAUCCUCUUCAUCCUCCUCCUCAGUGUCCACCGGUACUUCUCGUCAAUCUGUGAAAAAGGUAACGGGUUUUAGCCUGCGCAGCCGAGGCCUGUUCAAACCCCCCGACCAGCAGGACUGAUGGAUGGAGAAAUAAAAAAGGAGAGCAGAAAAUACAUGAGGAAGGCAAGAAUAAUCACAAACUUAUUGCAGAAAUAUAUAGCAGAAUCUAUUUUUCCAAACUUAAAAUAUGGUUUUCUUGAGACUGAGACUUCAAUCAUGAAACAUUUUGUUUAAAAACUAAUAAUAAUAAUGGUACUUGU